AUGGAGAAUAUUGAGACUAACGAAUCUGUUGUAGUUAACAGGUGUGGUAUAUAUGUUGUUCAUUUUCAUUUCAUGGGUUACGUUAUAAAUAGCGAAUGGAUCGGAGAAUGCGGGGAAGCGUUAGUAGAUAACAUGAGUGUUCUUGUCGGGUUAGAAUGUGGGUGCUCGGGGACAAGGGAAUAUCUCUUUUGUGAGCAACAUAGGUGUGUCGAUCUGUAUGUGUUGCUUAUUCGUGAUGUGAUUAUCAUUUGUGCAAAUAGAGAAUUGGUUAUACAUGGAAUUCCUGGAAGAUUGAAUUCAUCAGAGUUAAAAAGACAAAGGAGACCGAGCGUUAAGGUGUCGGAAGCCGCGGCUGCAUCAAGUAAUGGGACUCCUGAAACGAGCAGAAGAAGAAGGAAGAAGAAGGCUAGGGGAGAAGACGCGAAUUCCCGGCGGUCGGCGGUGACCACCACCAGGCUGGUGGGGAGGAUCUGGGAAGAGUAUUUCUCCAGUAGUUCUGAAACGACGGGCAAGGGAAAAAAGAAGAAGAAGCCGGCGAGAUCGAAGAAAGUUGCUGAGAAAUGGAUGCCUUAUUAUCAAUCUCCGAGGAAACAGGCGGGUACAAAUAGCAGAAACGAGGUUUCAUGGAUUGCCGGAGCAACCGGGGUAACUUCUGACGACGACGGCGGCGGCAAUGCGCUUUAUUACGGCGGAGUCUCCAUCAAUGGAGUUUUGGUUUCUCCCGGCUCCGUCGUGCUGGUGAAUCAGCCUCGACGCGGCCGAGACUCCUACAUUUGUUUAGUGGAAUACAUGUUUCAAUCCUCGGACGGGACAAAGGUUGUCCAUGGACGGGUAAUGGUCGGCGCAUUCGAGACAGUCCUAGGAAACAAUGCCGACAAGAGGGACCUCUGCCUAACGGAGGACUGCCUCAACUUCUAUCCCUCCGACGUGACAAAAUUGUUGGACGUUAAAAUCCAACCGAAACCAUGGUCCCAUCAGCACAGAAAUCGCACGGAAGAAAAAGAAGACCCAGAAACAAAAUAUUUCUGCAAAAACUUAUACUGCUCGGAUAAAGGCGGGUUUUUCAGUUUAAAAACCGAAUCCAUAGGCCUCGGCAAUGGCCAUUGCCAUUCCUGCAAAACAAGAAAAUCCCAGGAAGAAAAGAACACAUUCUCGUAUUGUGUACCCACGAAUAGCUUCACAUAUCAAGGGAUUCACUACGAAGCUCUCGACUUCCUCUACAUAAAUCCUUCCCAUUUCGUGGAGUUUAAGAAUGGCGAUCAAAGUGUCAACGAAGACGACGAGGAUUCAAGGCCAAAAGCAUAUGCAAUAUGCCAGUUUGUGUCAGUGGAUACUACGACGUCUUCUUCAUCGGCACAGCUCAACCCUGACACCAUGAAUAUCACAGUCAGAAGGUUUUACAGACCUGAAGACUUGAAUGCCAUGGAUGCUUACCUCUCCGACAUCCAUACGAUAUAUUGGAGUGAUAAGACAGCAACAGUGCCUGUCAGCGUGGUGAAGGGGAAAUGUGAAGUUUGGACAAAGAAAGAUUUUGUAUUUAUGGAGUUUCCUUAUAUGAAUGAGCAUACCUUCUUCUGUGAAUAUGUAGUAGCUGACCCAGAUCAUAGGCCAAAAUUGCAACCGCUUUUUGAGGGCUGCUUGCAACUCAAAGAGACAAGAAGAAAGACAGAAGAGGAAAAGGAAGAUGAAUCAGGCAGCAAAUGUGGGGUUCCCAGAGGCCCCUUGGCUACUCUGGACAUCUUUUCUGGUUGUGGUGGCUUAUCAGAAGGUCUAGAAAAGUCAGGUGCAGCAGUCACAAAAUGGGCUAUAGAGUUUGAUCAAAAGGCAGCUGAAGCUUUCAAGCUGAAUCAUCCAGAUGCCUUCACACUGGUUCAAGACUGCAACGUGGUUCUCAGGGAUGUGAUGAUGGCGAACGGGGAUGCCGACGACUGUAUUCCUUUCACUGAAGCUUCAUCCACGUCGUCUGCAUCAAAGCUGAACGAUGGGGUUCUCAGCCACCUGCCUAAACCUGGAGACGUCGAUUUCAUCGUUGCAGGACCUCCCUGUCAGGGGUUUUCUGUCCUGAACAGGUACAAGAAGAACUCAUUGAGUGAUGAAAAGCGCACGAUGAUACUGUCGUUUUUAUCCUAUGUUGAUUACUUCAGGCCCAAGUAUGUCCUCCUUGAAAACGUCAGGAACCUCGUCAGUUUUGACAAAAUGAACCCAUUUCAGCUCACCCUAAAAUCAUUUCUUGAAAUGGGCUAUCAGGUGAGAUUUGGAGUCCUUGAUGCCGGAUUCUAUGGCGUGGCGCAGUCGCGGAAGCGGGUUUUCAUAUGGGCGGCGGCGCCUGAAGAGACGCUCCCUGAAUGGCCAGCGCCAAUGCAUGCAUUUCCAACGCGAGAGCUGAGAAUCAAGCUAGAUUUAAACGCAAAUUCCCAUUACACUGCUGUCCAGAGCGCAAGAGAUGGUGUCCCUUUGCGUGCUCUAACUGUCAGAGACACCAUCGGAGAUCUUCCUCCAUUGACAGAUGGAGAUAGUAUAGGAACUAUGCCGUACAAAGGCAAUCCUGUUUCCUGGUUCCAGAAAAGAAUCCGAGGAAAUCAGAGUGUAUUGAAUGAUCAUACCACGAAGAAACUGACUGAAAUAAAUCUCAUUCAGUGCCUUUACCUCUCCCCAGGUGAAGAUUGGAGAAAUCUUCCCGACAAGAAGAUUAAUCUAUCAAGUAAUGGGAAGCUUGAAGACUUGAAACCAAACUGGCUGGUUAAUUCGCGGGGUAAAGGUUACCAGUCAAAAGGCGUUCUAGGAAGGUUACAUUGGAAUAAAAAUUUCCCGACAGCCAUCACCAACCCUCAGCCAAGAGGUAAGGUUGGGAGAUGGUUUCAUCCCGUAGAGCAUAGGAUGAUUUCUGUCCGAGAAUAUGCUCGAUCUCAGGGAUUUCCUGAUUCGUAUCAAUUUGUAGGAACUUUAAGGAACAAGUAUCAACAAGUUGGUAACGCUGUACCGCCACCCCUAGCAUAUGCACUAGGGAGAAAGCUCAAAGUGGCAAUGGAAGGCAAUAAUUCAUAG